AUGGUUAACACGCCGGAGACCUCUGCUCCGAAUGAUAUCAAACCGGGGAAACGCAAGGGCAAACAACGAGCAUACGCGGAGUCCCCUACCACUUCAGUCUUCGACACCCCGAGCAAGGUGCCGCCGUCUUCGAAGGACAGUGACCCUCCAAGUACGCGACAAAAGCGCGUGCUGCCUUCUCGGUCGCGUCGGGGCGGCCCUGGCAUAGGGAACUGCGAUGUUGAUAUGAUGAUCCUGGAUGCCUACAGGAGAAAGUUCGAGAAUGAACCUCUGAUACCCGCCAACACGAGAUUCUUGUUGACGACCAACUCCGCCCUUAUACCCUCUACCUCAAGCUCUUCCUUCGAAAUGCAACUGAACAGUCAGGCGUAUGAACGAUACUUCGACCGCCCGGAGGUCAUCAAGGCGUACAGAGCGCAGCAAACUAUACAAACUCCUGAAUACUCCCUCCUAUCGGAGGAUGCCAGUGUCGGUAGCCGCUUUCGACCUCGAGGGUCCGAAGAUCAAUGCACAGACACGUCUGAUGCUGCAUACGAGAAGCGGCAUCGCAAGUAUGAGACGUUCGAGAAGCGCCAACGAUUAAGAGAGAAGGAAAAACUCAAACACGAACAGUACAAGUUGAAGGAGCGCAUCGACCAACUACGCGUCAUGGACGCGUCCGCUUUUUUAUGUCUGCCGGAUUCCGCGUUGCCCCCGCCGGAAGACAGAUAUAUCCCACACUUCGUCGACGACGAACUAAACGGCAUCAAUACUACUGCGGCCCACGCAGAAGGAGAAAGACGUCGGAAAGAGAUGCUUGAUGUCGCCAAAGUCUUGGAAGAGCGAUACAACGUGCUUCUUCCGCCUGACCGGAAAUGGUUGGAGAAGGUGAAGAAUGGUUCCAGACAGAAGAGCAUAUCCUUUUCCAUCGAACCCGAGCCCCAGCCUCGGCCAAUGCCAGAGGAAGAGGAAGAGGAGGAAGAUGAUUAUGAUGAGGAAGAGGAGGAGGAAGAGGAGGAAGAGGGAGUCGGCGGGUUCGCACAGCAAGAGGAGGUCACGAAAGAGGAAGUCGAGCAGAAGGUUGAAGAAGCGCAGCAAUCUCAGCAUGAGGAUGGGGAAUCUGAAAUUGACGUGGAGGAACGGAAAGCGACGGCUCGAGGAUCGCCAGAGAAAAUCAAGUUAAAGAUUCGUCUCCGUCCCAGUGAAGUAGCUUCAGCAACCAGACUCAGCAAGCUGAAGUCGUCCUCUAGCCUACCGGGGACACCGUCACGGAAUGGCGCUGACUACCCUGCGUCAGGGUCCUCGGUAAGCGUAGUACAACCACGAAUACGGUCGACAAAUGGCAGAUUUUCGCCUCGCAAGAAAGCUAAGCUGCUCAGUGAGGUCGACCGGCCCUUAGGAAGAACUGGUCGCAGAAUAUCUGCGCGAGGCUCCGAAAGGGCCUGGAGUCAUUCCGAUGUCACGAAUGAUGCUCAGGAUAUGUCGGUAUCCGCGGGACGGAGCAUCUCGUCAAGACUCGAGCGUAAUACGUGCAUUCUGCUCGCGACUGCACAAAGAAACGCUGGCGAACCCAACGUGCGGAAGACUCAGCGGCAUCUGACCGCCUUCGGAUUGAAAGUACCUUACGAAGUGGAAGAAUUUCGAGACUUCGAAUUGCCUCUCUGGCUACGUCCAGGAUACGAGAGCGAGAAAGAGGAUGCUGAGGACGAUCGGCAAGUCGCAAAUGGCCAUCGUGUUGUUCAGCCCAUAGAAACCGAUAUGACUGACGUCACUGCCGAUGACUCCCAAGCACGACGAGAGUCGGCCAGCUCUCCCGAUUUGAAAGAGGUCGACAUACCUCUCGAAGGAGGCUAA